AUGCAUAUACUGAGUAUUAAUGCUUUUCUUGAGCUGGAAAUAUGCAGAGUCAGCGGCACGGACGCAGAAGCUAAAUCCGACUGGAUCAUGGAGUCCCGCAGCUGUCUCGCAAGGAGAUCUCCCGGCUUGAACCAUGUUAGUUUUGUCGACCCCGAGUACAUGCCGGCUUGGCUAGGAAGAUGGUAUCCCUUGGCAAUAGCAACAUUCCGUGGAAUGUCUCGGGGCGGUAAUAUUGGUCCACGACUUCUCAGACUUGUUGACGGUAAAACCCCCGGCUCGGGCCGUCCCGUCUAUCAUAAAGGAACACACAAUAUCAAUGACCAGAAGGACAUAAUUAUUGCAGAAUGCAACGAUACCUUCUCGUGA